GAUAUUGUGUCUCAUCUGGAAUUACACAAGCAAAUAAGGGCCGUAAACGUCAGAUCAUAAGCAGAUAUUCCCGAGGAUAGAUAGGAUUAUAGAGGACGGAAUACACUCGGUUUAGAUAGAUGAACAUCACUGCACAUUGAAGAAACAAGGUCUGACGACGACGGAAACAUGGCGGCUGGAGUCAGUGAAACGAAAAAGUCGCUCAUGAGCCAUGAGAUCACACGGGCAAAGUUAAGACUUCUCACUCCAAUAUCAGAAGAAGCCAGGAGUCCCCGAGCAAAUAUCAAGACCAAGAACAUGGUUGCUAUCACUGACAGACUAGACGUGCCACAGGCGGCGGAGGAAAGCCCAGCUAUGCUAGAUGUCCUCAAACAACUGCAAGAUUUGCAGAAAGGAAAUCCAGGGGAUAUCAUAUCUGACCCAAACGAUCUAAAAACGGUUGUCGAGGGUUACUUGAACGACCCGAGAUACCUUCAAGGGCGUCGGCAAAUGCACCGGGCACCACAACCCACCUUGAUAGGGCACCGGCCUGUCCAUUGUGACUGUUGUGCACAUAUCAACAAGGAGAACAGAGAAAGGCGAAUGGGCGCGUACCCUGAACAGUAUGGCUACUGGACGGAUACUCCUUCACCAAUAGAAAUAGUCCCUUAUGGCAGUCCAGGUCGUGGGCCCGUGCUUGGUAAAUACAGUAGUGAGUUAGUUCCAGUACGAGGCCAGUUACCGGCGCUCCAGAAUCCUGGUUCUGAACCGUUAGGAAUGGAAAGCGUAGGAGGUCCACGUAUCCAAGUACUCUAUCCGAACUAUGAGGGAAACCGGCCAAUGAACUGGAACUCCAACCAGACCGGGCAGUAUGACUCAAUGUUGUUCCCAACUCAUCCGGGCGUUGGACAGGGUGGCGGGUAUGGUAGAGACGGAGAAAGACGCGCAGGCUCUGCUCUGGCGAUGUACCCGUACCUGCCGCGGAAUAUGCACAAUUAUAACCACAAUGAUUACGACAUAUAUGGACUUCAUUCAAUAGGAGGGUACUCAUCUGACAACGAGCGUUACCUAAUGGAGGACGUUAUGGAAGCUGCUAGACGCUAUGAUAAUAGCAUGAACAGACUGCAAGGAAAGAUUGACACUUUGACUCCGCGUUAUUCACAGGAAGUCAGAUAUAAGGGUCGGUUUGAUGGACGGUGAGACGAGAGAUCAGCAUGUCGAUCGCGGAUGACACUUAAGACCUGCAGAGCUGGUUGGUCGAAAUUUGCUGUGAUGGUAGCUUGAGGGGUAGGCAAUAUGCCCAGUCAUAUUUUUUUCAUUUGUCGCGAUUUGACCUACUUUCUGGCCUCCAGGGGCCACAGCUUAGAAACCCAUUUUUGCCAUUUGAAGCCAAUGGUUGUGGCGAGAACGACAAAAUGUUUAUCGUAUGUGCAUCAAAAAGCUACUCUGAAGUUACUCUAAAUAGAUUAUGGUUUACACUGGAUCCCUAAUACUGUACAAAAUGUUCUGGCCUAAGGGGUGGUUACAGUACGUAACUUCACCGGCUGGAGACGCAGGUGGGAGGCAUUCGCCGACUAUUCGUUGGGGCAUCACAUUUAGUACCCGGGUUUUGAUUGGAUGUACCCUCUAAGCUCACAGAGGUUUUUGCCUCCUGGUGAUAUGUUUUGAUACUGUUUGGCAGAAAGGGGUCAUUUGGUGUGUUUGGGAAUCUAAUGCAUGUAAUCACUAUGUUAACCUCAAAUUUCGACCGUCCCGACAUGCGACCGUACAUGCUCCAGGGGGCAUAGGUGGCCUUUUUGGAAAUCGUUUUUUCCAAUUUAAGCCAAUGGUAUAGGUAAAGCAACGAGUUUGGGGCAUGGACACAUGGAGUGUUCGGUAAAGCUGCUUCAUAUCUGUGUGGGGCGUGCCCGAUUUUCCGGAAGGAAUAACCGACAGAGAGAAACAGUAGUAUUUCAUAUUGAAUAUAACUUGGCCAUCAUUUGCCCCUUUAAAAGAAUAAUAUAUAUUACUGGUUAUUUACAAAUAUGCUGAUUAGAUUCUCCCUGAAAAUUUAACCUAAAGUUUAAUACCGUGUUCCUUAUAGACUCCUUUUGGGAUGUCAAGGUUCGGAGAAGCAUGACAAUUGCACCCUAUUUCAAGUUGAUACGAAUGGUUGGCAUGCCGUCGGAGUCAUUAAAUUACACCAUGUAAGAAAUUCACUGGAUAGUUGUCAUGCUAUACAUUUCAUCAUCAGAAACUGGCCUGUCCAUCAAAUCCCCACGACAAAUCUGUAUCGACAAUCUUGGCAUUUUCUUGUAUGAUGUGACAUUCGGAUGGGAUUUGAAUAGAAUAUGUGAACAUGGUGGGACUAUGUAGUUGUCGUUAUAUUGUAUAUGAACUAAAGUUGUCCGUUUCGGGAUUGUAGUAACCACUUGGCGUAUAACUAUAUUGGGGUUGGUCGAGGCUCGGAAUCUAUCUUACAUUAGUUUGUUAAACUAACAACAGGCGGUGCGCGCGUGUCAUGAAUUACGACUUAUCUGGUUUUAUGGGCACUUCUGCACAUUAAACGUGGUCGAAUUCUAUCCUCAAGUUUAAUGUAACAGUAGGUAAUUUAAUUUAAAAUGGAAUGUAAAAAAUCAGCGCGAUCAGUUGUUACCCAGGUUGACGUAAGUUCGCUCCUCCAGAGAUUGUAGAUAUUGACCUUGCUGUUUAUAUACAGUAGGGACUGCCAGUCGUUCAACAGAGAGAUCUGAAAGAACCAACUCAAAGGUUUGAUAUAGGUUUCAAAUGUAUUCUUAUGACAAAUUACAAUCUUGGGAAAUAUCGAUAAAAUGAAGAACACCAGUUACACCUUAGGGAAGACAGCAGAGUAGACGGGAUAUGACCUACGUUGGCUAUGGGGCCAUAUUAGGAACGGGAGCAUGAAUUUCACGACUAGAUCCCAACAAUUUAUCAUUCAGCAUCACAAGAUGAAGAUUAAUCAGAAAUUAGAAUUUACCUUAGAAGUUACCCGCGUCCCUGAUGUGUGUCCAUUGCCUAGGAUAGUCGAAGAGAAAAAGCCACGUUCCCUAGUUAGAUGGCCAUAUGUUACCCUUGUCAUCAGAUCAUCCGCGUACGUUGAAACGUAUGGAAAAAUAACUUGAGAAAACCCCAACUUAUGUGACGACUUAUUCGUAUAGGAAAUGUAACAUGAAUGCGGAUGCAAUUCCACCAGUGCCUUGGGGCCACUUACAGCUCGCCAUACAAACGGGCGACAAUUUGGCGAAUUGUUUUCAAAUAAAAUAUUUUCAAAAUAAAUUAACAGAACUAGCAUGACUAAGAGACUUUAAUCGUCAAUCAGGGGAUAGGAAAUCCAACACGACAUGUUCAUUUUAAAUAUGGUGUAAUACCAAGUGUCACUCCGACUCUACCCUCCGGUCCCAGACGAAAUCGGCCGAUAGUGAUGACGUCACCGGCUUCGCCUUUGUGAUUUCGAUUAAUCAACAGAUACACAGGUCCAUGUAUACGCCAGACCCUAUACAGGGUGGACCAAAAAAAACCGCAACCGGAUACUUCAACUACAAAGGGGUUAAAACUAUUGACACCAGUGGAUAGGGAAUCUUUCUGAAAGAAUAAUGAUACCAAGACCGACCAAUUCUGUUCAGUAAUUUUUGUUUUAGAUAUAUUUUUGUGAAGCAAGGUUGGAGUUCUUUGGCCAGGUUCAUGCAGAAAAACAGAACACUUCUGUUGUAGGCUACAAAUAUCUCGGUGGUGUGCUAAGGCCCGGCCAUGCCAACACGACCUUUACUCAGUUGCAAAUGGUCACUAGGAACCUUGUCGACAUUAUCUCAUGUCAGUAUUAUUACCUAACAUUUAAUCCACCCACUUACUAAGUUCAAUCUACCGGCACCGUUCGAUGUUUCCUAUGCGCGAAUGAAGCCUGUCUGUGCUUCGCAAAAUAGGCUCUAAAACAAAAACUGCUGAACCAAAGUGGGCGAUAUUGAUAUCAUUCCUCUCCCUAGAAAGAUUCCCCAUCCACUGAUGUCAAUGGUUUAACCUCCUGGUAGUGGAAGUAUCCGGUUGCGUUGUUUCUGGACCACCCUGUAUUUACUAAUGAGCUACAUUUUGAAGGCAUAUAGUUGAUCAAACUCAUUUUUUGCUACCAGAAUCCUACUUGUGUCGAAAAAGAUAACACCCUUAAUGUGUGAAUUUAAAUCCCGCAUCAAAUCUGAUGUGUUUAAUUUUGAAAUCAGAGUGGAAUAAACAAUAGAAAAAGCAUGUUUUUGGUGGCAGUUCGCGAUCGUUUCAUAUCACUAAAAAUCGUAUUGCCUUGUAUUUGUUGGUGUCCGCGUACAGAAACACGAUUAUGUGAUAGACUCGGCGCUAAUCGAUGACGAUGACAACAUAGAAGUAUGAAUAACUCUUGUCAUGAGUUUCGUAGUCAGCUAAGAUUUGCGUAUAAGAAGUUGACGGAUUGAACGCAAAAAAGGACCCGAAACAGGCUUUUUUCUCCGUCUGUUGUUCUCGUGGACGGUUGUAAUUAGAUGUGAGCUAAAAUAGUUACCUUAUUUGUAGCAGCCGUCUUAUCUGAGUGAACAGCCGUCCUAGCCAGGGCAUUUUAACUGAGGCUGGAAGAUUCGACUUAUGUACAACUUAAGAGGAGGAAAAAUCAGUACCAUAUAUUUGAGGACGUAUUUUGCAAAAAUUAUUAAUACAGUAGUGUGAAAGCAAUAAUUAUUAGAACACCCCACAAAGUUAAGAUAUUUCCUAUUCUCUGCCACCUAAAAAACCAGACUGCCCCACCUUAAGCUUUACCUAGUGACUUUUGAAUGUUGUGCGCAGCAAUUUAAAGGUUUGGAUAAAAUAUCACGAAAACAUCAUAAUUUGAAAAUAUCAUAAAAAAGACGUUUUUGAUACUUCAAAUAAUUCGUCCCAAAAUGAUGUCAAGUCACUCUAUGGAUGUUUAUAAAAAUUCCUGAAGAAAGAAAUUCGGAAAAUCUCACUUCCGCUUCGUGAUAUGACAAAUUAUCAAAACUUUGAUAUUUGCGAAAGUUUCACAAUUUGGACGAAAUUUUGAUGAUAUAUCAGGCUCUCAUAAAUUAAACAAGAUGACUCCAGCUUAAUAUCUGAUUUGUUCUCCUAGGGGAGUUCAUAAUUUGAAAAAUUAGCUGGAGAGGCCACAUGAAAUUCACGAUAACUCAUGAUAUUUUCAAAAGGAAAGGAGUGUUUAAGAUUUUUUUGGGCAGGAUCUCUUAGAAUUGAUCAUAGAAUAAUUUAACUUUAGUUUGCGAUGAAUUAUUGGAUGAAUGAGACAGUUCGGUUGGUCAUGAUAUUUUCAAAUUGUUAUAUUUUCCUGAUAUUUUGUCCACAUCUUUAAAUCACUAUCUUCAAGUUAUUAAGGUGAGCCUGAGGUAAGCCUGUCCAGCAAAGAAAAGAACAGAAUGUUGCAUAUAAGUUUUGCUAUAAGUUGCAGAUCUCUAACUCUCUAUUUUCUCAGUUGGAUUACCUUAUGUCACUUGCACCGUGAAGGAGCAAAGAGCAGUUGGGGGACUCUUACAGACUGUUAAGAAAGCUGAAUCAUGUCGGAAGGGUUGACCAUACGUCCCGCCAUUUUGGUUAGACCUCCAAAUCCUAAAUAAUUAGAACACCUUUCAAAUGAUUUGAAUGCUUAUUUAAAUCAUGGGAGGCUGUUCUCUGGAAAACAGAGAACGGACUCCCGCCCUUGAAAUUAGCAUUCACUACGUUUUGAAAGAGUUCUAAUUGCUUUAUGAUUUCAAGUUCUAGCCAAAAUGGCGGUACCUACAGUCAGCCCUUAAGGACGCAUGGCUCAUGAACUAAUUCGGUGAUGUGUAAAUGACAUCUCAAAAUUGAAUGAUAAUGGACUAUUCAUUAUCAAGACUACGGGAAUUUCAUCUUGAUAUUAUCAAGUAUGGAUUAAAUAAUCUGAUCUAGUACUUGAUAUUACACAUAUUGAACAGAAAAGCUGGAGCCAUAACUUCAGUCAGAACCGGGGCUCCAGCAAUCACGUUUGUGUAUUAUUUUAGUUAUUCAUCAUUAGAGGCAAAGCAUUAGUUUAGUUAUGCGUACACUCCAAAGCAGUGAUUGGGGUUCAUUGGAGUUGCAUAUGAACACUGGUUUAGGUGUGUACGUUGUGUGGUAUUAAUAAACACUUCAUAUAACUGUACAUACUAUUUGCAUGUACAGUCCUACGAGAAAGUAAAUGUCCAUCGUUUUUUUUAAAUAUAACAGAGAUAAAAUAAGA